GAGCCGGCGGGGUUGUUUGCACUCCAAGCUUGAGUGGGCGCUUCCCGCCGCUGAGUUGGCGACAGAUCAUCCAUCCUCGUGGAGCCACUCAGGCCCGCUUUUCCAGAGAGAGGCGGCGUUUCUUCCGUCCUGAGGAGGGUGACGCGACAGGUGGGAUGCCCACAGUGUCGGGAGAAUCGUGACCCCGCUUCCUGGCGUCCUGGACUCUGUGCGGUGACUGAUCUUGACUCUUGUUUCCUGAGGGGACAUGACACACGUCUAUUCACCCCAGAUAAAGAGCCCACCGAAGACCAGAGUGCCUUGGUGAACCAGUGAGUUUUAUUGGGAUUACUUACGGAAGCAGAACCAAAGUGCACCCAGCAUGGAUGAGAGCUCCCAAAGGCUGGGCGUCUGGAGCCACCGCACAGCCUGCCGGCUGUUGAGCUGCUUGGGGAGCGCCCUGUCCUAGGGACUCAAUUGGUCUAGACUUCUUCAGGGCAGCAGCACACCACAUGUAUUCAAGAGCUGGAGGAGGCCAGAAGCUGGGGUUGAAUCUCUUGAAACUGGAGUUACAGGUGCUGGGAACAGAACCCAGGUCCUCUGUAAGAGCAACAAAGUGCCCUUAACCACUCCACAAGUUGACAUCUUUUCUGCUCUCACCUGACGUGAAUAAAAUGCUCCCUGCAGUUCCAGGCACAGCUACGCGGCUUUCCUGUUCCAAUUGUAAAAGAGUCUUUCGGGAGGGACAGACAGCUUUUCAGAGGAAAGGGUCCGCUGAGCUUUUCUGCUCUAUACUGUGCAUCGAUGGGUACCCUUCACCUGCCGUGUCCCCAGCUCCUCUCAAAAGGAUGUGCUUAAAUUGCUCAAGAGACAUUUUAAAUCUAAAGGAUAUGAAGAGUAUCCGGUUGGAGGACAGCAGUUGUAACAAAAUCUUUUGUAGCCAAUCUUGUCUUACAUCAUAUGAAGAAAAAAGAAAGCCAUGUGUUACUGUAUAUACUGAUAGCUCUUUGCCUAAGUGCAGCAUGUGUCAGAAGACAUCUACUAAACCACCCAGAAUACUUAGAUCUUUUCCUUGCAAAUCACUGAAACUGUCAGAUGAAAUGAUUGUGAUUACUAAUGACUUGGGGAACAUAGAGGUUUUCUGCUCUGUUUGUUUUUCUUCAUACAACAGUGCUGUGAUGGAAUCUUCUUCAGUUAAUGUAUCCAUGAUGCACAGUGCCUCAAAAGAGAAUCUCUGUCCAAAGAAAUAUCCAGUUAUAAGCAAUAUAAUGUCAUUGGUAAACAGUGGUGGUGACCUGGUCAUGAGCACUGAUCUACAAGGUGCACUUUCUUCUGUACCUACAAAUGUCAUUGUGAACAACUCAGCCAGUGAGUCCAGCAGUGGUGUUGGUAAUACGGACCAGCCAGGCCUCCUCCCACCUUGCUCAGAGCUCUGUGAGGACACAGCUGCUCCCAGUGAGGAAGUACAGAACAACAGUGAGACAAACCAGGAUCCUAGACACAGCAUGAAAUCCAUGAAAGAAAAUGAUAGACCAUAUAUCUCAAAGUCUACAUCCACAGAACAAAAAAUUAAAAAAGAGUGGCGGCCUACUGAAGAGUCUUGGAGCCCAGGUCUCCAGCAUCUGCAUCCCAGCACUGUGAACGAUGUCGCUUUCUGCUAUUCUUGCUACUUGUUCUUCCAGAAAAAAUUUAGCUGUCGGAGAGAAGCAUUUGCAACCCAAGGAACUGCUGACUGGGAGAAAAUGCUGGAAAAUUUCAGAAAGCAUGAAGAAAGUGACGUGCACUUAAAGUCACUGCAAUUUUGGAGGCAUUACCAGUUUCUUGAUGCUGUUCCACAUGACAGUUCAUCUGUUUACUCAAAACAGAUUGAAGGAAAUAAAAAGUACCUAAAGCUCAUCAUUGAGAACAUUUUAUUUCUUGGAAAACAAUGCUUGCUCUUAAAAGAAAAUGACCAGUCUAUUUCAUCCAUUAAUAAAGGCAAUUUUUUGGAAUUACUAGAAAUUAGAGCAAGAGAUAAAGGAGAAGUGUUUCGGCUUAUGAGUUCACACAUUGACUUCUAUAGUAGUACACAUGUUCAGGAGGAGAUUAUCGAAAUGAUAAAGGGUGAAAUGUUGCAAGACAUCGUGAGUGAGAUCAACGCCUCCUCAGCCUUUUCAAUAAUCUGUGAGGAGAUAGCUGGUAGUGCUGCUGAGAGACAGCUUUCAGUGUGUGUGAGGUACCCACAAAAAACACCAAGUGCUGUCUUUGUUAAAGAAAGGUUCCUGGGGUUUGUUACUGCCGAGGAGGUGACUGGGGUCCACGUACACAGGCGUAUCAAAGCUUACCUGCAGCAGGUUGGAGUUGAUUUUAAUAAAAUAUGUGGCCAAGCCUAUGAUAGUGCCACAAAUUUUAGGGUAAAAUUGAAUGAAGUUGUAACAGAAUUCAAGAAGGAAGAGCCAAGAGUUCUAUAUGUGCACUGUCAUGCACAUUUUUUUGAGUUAGCGGUGAUUAGCUUUUGUAAGGGGGUGAAGGAGCUCCGCAGUGCACUAAACACUCUCAGCUCUUUGUUCAACACUGUCCGUAUGUCUGGAGAAAUGCUGGCGAGUUUGCAAACCAUGUGUAAGCUAAAUCUGAAUAAAACUUGUAAGAAACACAAGUCACAGUCGUGUUGGCCAGCCCAUGACCAUUUGUUACUGGCUGUGACGGAUUGCCUUCCAGAGAUCAUUGAAAUGCUGGAGUCUGUGUCGCGCCGUUCCUCAGGCACAGCUGUGGCUGCUGAACUGGAUGAUUUGUUGGUAAUGGUUACCAAGUUUGAGUUUAUAUUUUGUUUGAAAUUUCUUUAUAGAGUACUCAGUAUCACAGGGAUUCUUUCUAGAGAGUUUCAAAGUGAAACUGUCGACAUCUUUUCUUUGUUUUCAAAAAUAGAAGCAAUUUUGGAAUGUUUAUCUUCUGAAAGGAAUGACAUAUAUUUUAAAACUAUCUGGGAUGGAGCAGAGGAAAUAUGUAAAAAGAUAACCAGCAAGGGUUUUGAUGUUGAGAAACCCUCUUUUCAAAAAAGAAAAAUUCAAAGAACAGUAGAUCCUGGCAACUCAGAACAUAUGUUUUUUCCUACUUCAGCAGAUGAACAAUAUAAAAUUAAUAUUUAUUACCUAGGUCUGGAUACUGUAUUAAAAAAUUUAAAGUUGUAUUUUUCAGAGUUUGACUAUUGCAAAAUGAAACAAAUUUCAGAGCUGUUACUUAAGUGGAAUGAACCACUAAAUGAAGCGACAGCCAAGCACAUCCAGGAGUUCUACAAGCUUGAUGCGGACAUCACGCCUGAGCUCAGGUUUUACCGGCAGUAUGCAAGCCUCAACUUCGUCACAGAGAGUGGUUCCGUCAGCUUCAGUGACCUGGGCUGUUUGUUUAUUCAGCACGGUCUCCACAAUAGUAUUCCUUGUAUCACGAAACUGCUGCAUAUUGCUUUAUCUUGGCCAAUUACUUCAGCAAAUAAUGAGAAGUCAUUUUCCACGCUGCCUCAUCUUAAAACAUACUUACUUCGUACCAUGGGACAAGAGAAACUUAGUAGCCUGGCUCUGAUAGCUGUUGAGCAGGAUCUGGUAAAUAAAUUGAUGGAACCUGAAAGACUGGGGGGAAUUGUUGAAAAGUUCAUUAGUCAAAUGAAAGAUACAUAAGACAAACUUGAAACUUUGAGAUUAAUUAAAAGAAUUCUGUGGUUUUUCUUAGAAUCCUAAUGAAGUUUUGUUGGAGGUUCUUUGAGAUGGAUAUAGAUCUUACUGUAUCUGUAGAUAGCUUACUGUAGCCUAGGCUAGCCUUGGCUUUGUAAGCUCUUGUGACUGACAGACCCUCUUACCUAAUUUUUCUCUUUUAAAGUAUUCCAGUUGACAGAUUGUAUGUUAGGCACAUCUACAUUUAACACAUUUACUGAGCAACUACUACAUACCAGACAGUAUGAUAAGGGUUGGAGAUAAAGAAGAGAAUUAGGAGUCUAGAGUCCUAUUGAACAUAAUUUCCUAAUAUAGAAAUCUAGUAAGAAGCCAAGCAUGGCAGCACACUCCCAGAAUCCCACCAAACUAUUUCCCCCAGGACUGUGACUUGGUGGUAACAUACCUAACUUCCCUAGAAUGCAUAAGGCACAGUGCCAAGGAAGUCCUGUAAUACCAUCAUAACUGCUAGUGACUGUGUGCAUUGUUAAAUAAAAUUUUAACUAAAAACCAUUGCUGGGAAGAGAAUAAUUCUACAGAAGCAAAAAAUUAGAGACCUAACUAGACUAAGACCUGAUACCAGCAGAGAGACUCAGGGUGGCUGUGAGUUCAGGGUUUGAAAUACAGAGUGGGUGGACCAGGCAGUGGUCUUCCCUCAAUAACUGCAUCAGCUCAUUCUAAGAGGGAAGUAGGGAAUUUAACAAAGCCAAAUUGAGCUUUGGGUCUCAGCUACCUGCCUCAUUUAAAGAGUAAAGGCAAGAAGUUUAAACAGGUGGCUCUGACCAUUGAGGAGCAAGGAACUCAUUCCAGAUUCCCAGCCCCCAACUUAAGAGUUAGGCUGGGCAGAGCGUCAACUGAAUUCUGGACCCCCAGUCCUCUCUUACUCAUACUGUCUUUAUUCUCCAGAAAAGCCAAAGCAGAGGGAGUCCAGCUCCCAUGCCUUUAUAGAAGGGACCUGGCGGGGCUAGAGAGAUGGCUCAGUAGUUAAGAGCACUGACUGCUCUUCCAGAAGUCCUGAGUUCAGAUCACCACCCUACCACAUGGUGACUCACAACUCAUUCGUAAUGAGAUCUGACGCCCUCUUCUGGAGUGUCUAAAACUCACAUAUAAUAAACAUUUAAGCCGGGCGGUGGUGGCGCACGCCUGUAAUCCCAGCCUCGAGGUCAACCUGGU